UCUUUAGACGAAAUUUUGCCUUGAACGGAAGGCAACAUUCCUUGUUAGUUCUGUUUACUUUUUGUUGUGAGCGGUGCAAAAAUGAAGCUCCAGUUGUGCAGUUAUAGCGGUUACAAAAUUCAUCCUGGCCAUGGAUCUACCUUGGUCAGGAAUGACGGAAAGACUUUCGUGUUCCUGAAUUCCAAAUGCCGGAGGUCUCACCUGAUGAAGCGCAGCCCUCGUGAAGUGACCUGGACUGUGCUGUACAGGAGGAAGCACCGCAAGGGGCAGGAGGAAGAGUCCAGCAAAAAGAGGACCCGUCGCCACCAGAAGUUCCAGAGAGCUAUUGUUGGUGCUUCUCUCACAGAUAUUCUUGCCAAGAGGAACAUGAAGCCUGAAGUGCGAAAAGCGCAGAGGGAACAGGCUAUCAGAGCACUGAAGGAGAAGAAUAGAGCGGCCAAGGCUGCGAAGAAGCCUGCUACCACCGCCGCGCCCAAGUUGGAAAAGGGCAAGUCGGCGAUGCAGAAGGUAGCCAAGCCCAUGCCCAAACCCAAGAUGGCCAAGACUGGUGGACAUGGCGGCCGACGAUAGACCCAAUAAAAUUAUCGGUGGAAAA